AGCAAUACAGUUUGCAAACAGGAGCCCAAAUCGGUUAACCUGUAAAUUUCAUUAUACGACUACUCUGCUGUUCAUUCUUUUUAGUAGAAACACAACCAUCCCGAAAUCAUGCAACCCAGAAUCCGGCAGUUCAUUUCGUCCCAGAAAUUUCACAUCUUUUCCAAACCCAAACAGAAAUCAGUUCCAAGAUUCCAACUUUUUCACAAUCAAACUCGAAAUUCAGAGAAUUUCAGUGAAGCCGAUCACGAUAUUAUUCAGUCACCUGCACCAAAUCCGGACGAAUACUCAACAAUUAGCAUCAAAGCCCUUGAAAUCCAAGACCUUCUCAAGCAAAUUAACCGGCAGAAUCCAGAAAAUGAAGUCGAACAAGCUUUUACUCGAUUGAAGCUGACACUUAAUGAAGAUUUAGUGCUUAAUGUGCUUCGUAGGCACCGUUCUGAUUGGAAAUCAGCUUAUGUAUUCUUCAAUUGGGUGUCUAUUUCAAGUGGGUAUUCACCUGGAACAGGAUCUUACAACGAAAUUCUUGACAUUUUAGGCAAAAUGAAGCGGUUUAAUGAGGUACACCAAGUGCUCGACGAAAUGUCUAAGAGAAAUAAAAGCUUGAUUAAUGAAAGAACGUAUGGUAUUGUGGUAAAUAGGUAUGCUGCAGCUCAUAUGAUAGAAGAAGCCACUCAGUUUUUCUACAAGAGGGUAGAGUUUGGUCUUGAUCUUGAUUUAAUAGCUUUUCAGACACUUUUGAUAUCGUUGUGUCGUUAUAAGCAUGUCGAGGCUGCAGAGUUUUUGUUUCAUUCGAAAAAGCAUGAGUUUCGGCAUAAUAUUAAGACCAUGAACAUUAUUCUUAACGGAUGGUGUGUUUUGGGUAGUUUACGCGAAGCGAAAAGGUUUUGGAAUGAUAUUAUUACGUCGAAAUACAAGCCGGAUAGGUUUACGUACGGGAUAUUUAUCAAUUCGUUAGCGAAGGCUGGCAAGAUUAGUACAGCGGUUAAGUUGUUUCAAGCCAUGUGGGCGAAAGGUUGCACCCCGGAUGUGGCUAUCUGCAACUGCAUUAUCGACGGGUUAUGUUUCAAGAAACGCAUCCCGGAAGCUCUUGAAAUAAUCAAAGAAAUGAACGAAAAAGAGUGUUGUCCAGACGUUGCGACGUACAACACGUUGAUCAAACACCUAUGCAAGAUUCGAAGAAUGGAGAAGGUGAACGAGCUUUUGAACGAGAUGACACAAAAGGGUGGCGAUUGUGCACCGAACGCUAGAACUUACGGGUACUUGUUAAACUCUGCGAAGAAGCCGGAUGAAGUUGUGAAAAUCUUGGAGGUAAUGGAGAGAAACGGUUGUAAGAUGACGGAGGAUACUUGUAAUCUGUUGUUGAGGCUUUUUAUGGGUUGGGGUGAUGAUAAACGGGUUGAAUCGACUUGGGUUGAGAUGGAGAGAAACGGGUUGGGCCCGGAUCAGAGAUCGUACACAAUUAUGGUGCACGGGCUCUACGACAAGGGGCGGUUAAAGGAAGCUAUGGUGUAUUAUAAGAGGAUGAUAUCAAAAGGAAUGGUUGCAGAGCCAAGAACCAAGUUAUUAGUUGAUGCUAUUAAUAUCAAGUUGAAUAAUAAAGAUCACAAAAAUGGUCAAAACAUUUAGCAUGUAUUUUAAACUUUUAUUUGGAAAUAGGGAUCAAGAUAAAUGUGUUUUAGCCUUUAUUAAUUUUAUGGAUCAUUGUUUUUGUCUCACAUUAUA